AUGGCGCAGGUGGACGACGCCGAGCUGCGUCCGGGCCUCGCUCUCUACCGCCCACUGCCGACGCUGCUGCGCCUCGAUGUCCUUCCAUUCGGUAUGCUCUACGCCACGUUUAGCGCGUGCGCGGCGUCAGCGCAACGCGGCCAUGGCUUUGCCGUCGGUCUCGCGCUCGUGGCCUGUAUGCACGCGCUCGCGUUCUUUGCGAGCGAGUGGAGCCUCCGCGUCAAGUGCUUCGUGGCGUACUCGCGCAUCUCCAUUGCUGGCCUCUCGCUCUACGACGACGUGGUCGUCAAGGUCAAGCCGACGUCGCCGUCGCUGCCGGUGGAGCUGUGUCCGAUUCAACGCGAGGCGCCAUCGCCCAAGCUGCAGGUGCAAAAGGCAACGAUACCAGUCCCCACGCUCUGGUUCGCCUACCAAAAGCUGCGCUUCUGCCUCGACACGUCCUUGACUGCGCCAGUGUGCUUUCGUCGGCUCACGUACCCCAUCGCCAACACAUUAGCUGCGUACGCUGGCGCCAACGGGUACACGUCGCGCAUUGCGCUCGAGGCUGCCGGCCUUCGCUGGCAAAAGAACGAGUUUGAGAUCCCGAUGCCCGCCUUCUGGACGCUCCUCAAGCAGCACCUCGUCGCGCCCUUCUUUGUCUUCCAGUUCUUUUGCAUGUUGCUGUGGUGCAUGGACGAGUACAUGUACUACUCGCUGCUGACCAUGGUGAUGCUCGUGCUCUUCGAGUGCACAGUCGUCAAGCAGCGACAGCACAACCUCGAGCUGCUCUCGCUCAUGCAGCGGCCGCCGACGCGCAUGUACGCGUAUCGAAUGACCAAGUGGCAGAGCAUCUCGUCGAUAGACCUCGUCCCAGGCGACCUCGUGUCGGUUGGCCGGACGGCAUCGCUGGCCGAGCCGGACGACACCGAGAACGGCCUUGUCGCGCCGUGCGACCUUCUCCUUCUCCGCGGCGCGUGCGUCGUGAACGAGGCCAUGCUCUCGGGCGAGUCGAUCCCACUGCGAAAGGAUCACGUCGACCCGCUCGAGUCGAGUGCGCUGCUCAUGGACGGACGGCACCGCAGGCAUGUGCUCUUUGGCGGCACCAAGAUCCUCCAGCAUACACCGUAUGUCCAAGGCGAGAGCGACGCGCUUCCGGCGCCACCGGACCUCGGCUGCGUCGCGUACGUUCUUCGCACAGGCUUUGGGACGACGCAGGGCAACAUGCUCCGAACGAUACUGCUUGCGUCGCCGCACGUCUCGGCCAACAACGCCGAGUCGCUGUGCUUCAUUUUGUUCUUGUUGUGCUUUGCGGUCGCUGCGUCGCUCUACGUCCUGCUCGAGGGCGCGGGCGACCCGACGCGCAGCAGCUACAAGCUCUUCUUGCACUGUGUCAUGAUCAUCACGUCGGUCGUACCGCCCGAGCUGCCCAUGGAGCUCUCUCUCGCCGUCACCAACUCGCUCCUCUCGCUCUCUCGCAUGGAGAUUUUCUGCACCCAGCCGUUCAAAAUUCCGAUCGCCGGCAAGGUUGACGUCGUCUGCGUCGACAAGACUGGUACGCUCACGACCGACGCGCUUUCUCUCCGGGGCGUCGCGGGGCUCACCGCGUCGUCGCUGCUCCCGAUCGCGGACCCGCGCACCCUCGUCUCUCCCGGGUCCCUGCCCAUGGACGUCCAGAUCGUCCUCGCGAGCUGCCACGCACUGAUGGUGCUCAACGGCGCUAUCGCGGGCGACCCGCUGGAGAAGACGGUGCUAUCGCACCUCCGCGACUGGACGCUGCACCAGCUCGACCGCGUCACCUCGCGCUAUCCGUUCAGCGUCCGAUCGCUUCGCAUCGUCCAUCGCUUUGGCUUCUCGUCCGAGCUGCGGCGCAUGAGUGCACUCGUGCUGGUCGACGACGGCAGCGCUGUCGGCCACGCGCGGGUCGUGUCCAAAGGCGCCCCCGAGGUCAUGGAACCCCUCUUCGCCAACGUGCCGUCGUACUACAAAGACGUGCACGAGCACUACGCUCGCAAAGGCGCGCGGGUGCUGGCACUCGGCUUCAAGCGCGUGCCGAUCUCGGACUUGGCAAGGACGCGGCACCUCGCGCGCGACGCCACCGAGACCCACUUGACGUUUGCCGGGUUUCUCGUCCUCGACUGCCCGCUCAAGCCCGACUCGCGACGGGUCGUGCAAGACCUGCAGCUGGCCAACCACCGCGUCGUUAUGGUCACUGGCGACAGCGCGCUCACCGCCUGCGACGUCGCGCGACAGGUGCAUCUGUUGCCGCACGCAGAGACACUCGUGCUGGAGCCGUCGCCGACCGGCCUUUCGUGGACCAGUGGGGCCGAGAAGCUCCCAUUUUCCGACGCGACGCUGGCGACACUGGCUGAGACGCACAACUUCUGUGUGCUCGGAAGCGCCGUUGCAAGCCUCUCGCCGACGUCGCUGCAAGCGCUGGCACCGCUCACGCAAGUCUUUGCCCGCACUUCGCCCGACGAGAAGGCUGGCGUCCUCGCCGCCUUGAAUGCGAGCCAAAGCGUCACGGCCAUGUGCGGCGACGGCACGAAUGACGUUGGCGCGCUCAAGAUGGCGCACGUCGGCAUCUCACUUGUGAACGGUCCGACGCACCGGCGUCACCACACGCGUGACGCGCCGCCGCUGGGGGACGCGUCGAUCGCGUCGCCGUUCACGUCGCGGGGUGAGAGUUUGCAUUGCGUCGUGGACGUCAUUCGACAAGGUCGGUGCACGCUCGUGACGUCGCUGCAAAUGUACAAGAUCCUCGGCGUCAACUGCCUCGUCUCGGCGUACGUUCUUAGCGCCCUGUACGUCUACGGCGUCAAGCAGGGCGAGGCGCAGCUCACGUGCAGCGGGCUCUUGGUCGCGCUCUGCUUUCUCUUCCUCUCGUACGCCAAGCCCGCGACGACGCUUAGCCAUGAGCGACCCGUGAGCCGCGUCUUUUGCGUGAGCGUCCUGAGCUCAAUCUUGCUCCAGUUUGGCGUCCAUCUCUGCAGCCUCGUGCUCGGCCUCUCGAUCGCAGCGCCACUCGUCGAGUGGAACGACCCGCGCCUGCACGCGGACGCGAACUUCACGCCCAAUGCGCUCAACACACUCAUGUUCCUCCUCGCGACGUGCAUGCAAGUGACGACGUUCGUCGCCAACUACAAGGGCCGCCCCUUCAUGGAAAGCUUCCGCGAGCACAAGCUCCUCGCUCGCUGCGCGUAUGCUUCGUAUGCGUUUGUCCUCGUCACGCUCCUGGAGCUGUGGCCUGCGAUGAACACGUGGCUCGAGCUCGUGCCGCUUGGAUCGCACACGGUGCAAGCGCAGGUGCUGUGCCUCAUGCUCUUUGAUACGAUCGCCGUCCUCGCCCUUGAGCGCACGGUGCAAGUGCUCACGACGGCCUACCCCGAGUGGAUGACUUAA